GUCGAUCUUGUUGUGUCGUCUGCUACGAAUUGUUUUGGCGCCAGUUAAUAACGAGAAAAAAAAUGUCAAAAAAGUUUUUCAACACUUUGUUUAUAUUUAAAUAUUAAAAAAGAACUGUGGGAUUAAUUAUUUCUUAAAUGGUUGAAUAUUAUUUAAAAAGAUGGACGAUUACGAUUGUACAUUUAAUUGUAGCGGAAAAAUUAAUUUCGCCGAUUGGCAAUUAAAUAAUACAGGUUUAUUUGCGAAAGAAGUGGAAAACAUAUUUAUUCCAAAGAGAAAUUAUUUAUUUUCCGAUGAGCAGGUUAGACUUUUCGACUGUUUGGUGCCAAGUGCCACGGCAAUUUUAAAUCUUAAACAUUAUAUCAAUUGCAUGGAAAUGGCCUUAAAGCAGUUCAUCAGAAAAGAAAAAUAUAAUAACGUUAAUCAAUUGUCGAAGAACAAUGAAGAUUUCUACAUCCUCAGAAAACAUGUUUGCGAAUUUAUAACGUACGUUCGCUCAUAUUUAAAUAGUAUUAAAUGGAACAGUUCGUCAUUGAAGGCAAUUAGCAAUGAAAUAGAAGACGAUUUGGAAGAACUUUUAAGUACAAUUUGUCGUUUUUGCAGUCGUUUGCAAAGUAUUCCUGAUUCAAUAUUUCACUACGCAGCUUCACAUCUUGGAAAUAGAUGUUCUCAACCUGAAUUUCACGUUUAUCAUAUGCAUUUGGAAUUAAGAUGGCUCUAUGUGACGUUAAUUUAUGCUCGGAAUGUUUCUUGGCAAAAUUCGAUAAAUGAACCUGCGGAUGAAUUGGACAAAACUUUCGAGCUUAUUGUUAAUGAUUUGAUUUACAUGUCGAUGAAAAUAUUUGCAAGGAUUCCAUUAUCAGAAUUAAAGAUGAAAACACCUUACAGUUGUACCUGCGUUCGAGAAUUAUGGCUUAUGCUUCAAAUUCUCAUUGACGAUUAUGCUGCAAAAAGAGGUUCAAAGAACUUUUGGGAUUACGUGAAUCUUAUUUUAAAUGAUCUUCUAUUGAAAAACAGAGCACAGGAAAAAGCAAGUUGGCUAAAAAAUUUGGAGAGCAAUUUACCUGAUUGCAUUAAUACGGAAUUAUUUUCAAUAUGGUUGAUUUAUCACAUGACAUUGCUUUAUGGUUACGAUAACGAUGGUUUUUAUCUACAAUCACGUUCCAUACGGGUGAAGGAGAAUUAUGAGCAAGUUGAAAGGAUUUUAAAGGCCUAUGUGAAUAAAGGCGGAAAGGAUGGCGAGAGAGAUGAAAUUGAUGAGGAAUUGAAAAUAAUGAUUCCAUUAUUGCGAAUUAUAUCGACAGAGUGGUGGCAGCCGAGAAUACAAAUUCUUUCAUUUUUGUGGGAUUGUUUUCAUCGACGACUGGAUCAACCAUUUCUUUUGCAAACUUCCGGUCCUUGGUCGCUAUCCCUUGAAAAAAAGUCGCCAGCCGAUAUUUUGAAGCAAAUUAGAGAGAGAUUGGAAAAUGAUUUUGAGCAAAGCAAAGAGUCUAGUUACGGAAUGUUUUUACGAUUUUUGGGUACAUUUUUGCGUAAAAAUCAAAACGAUCCGAAAUAUUGGAAUCAGAUGAAGGGACGAAUAUUUUCCAAAUUAACAAAAACAAAAGUACAAACGUAUUCCGUGUCCGGAAUGUAUAAUUUUAUCUCUCUAUUUUUGACUUUGGCCGUAACUGUUGAUACCGAAAGUGUCUGUACGGUUAUGUUGAAUUUAUUGCCAUCGAUAUCAGAAUGGAUUAAACUCGAUGGGAAGAAAUGUAAUUUAAUUUGGAAGUCACAACUCGCCGUUUUGUUAUUGUUUAAAGAGCAGAGAAUUAAUUUCUGCAGUUUUUCAGACACUUUCACAACUGGGGUGAAUUUGAUUUGCUGUCAAAAAGAUGAAAAUUCAGCGAAUAUGAUGACAGCGUAUGUCGAUGUUUUAAAUACAAUUGUGCGUACAAGUGAAAAAUAUGAUCAAGGUGAACAUAUUUUAAUUGGCGGAUGGAUUGAUCGCUAUUUUUCAGAUUGUUCGAGACAUAUGUUUGGCAAUUUGACUCAAAUUCUGAUAGAAAUUUUUCAAAAAUGCCAUCAAAUCACAAAUACGGACGCUAAUCAGGGUGGCGUGAAAUUAGUAUUGGACGCUUUGUGGUGUCACGUCGUCUGUAGAAUUCGACAAUUAGUCCUCGAUCCAACAAUUGGCGAUUUUUAUCUAAAUUUAACGAAAUUGGCUGUAUUUUUUACAAUAGACGCAUUAAAGGAUCCAAUGAUUGCGCGAAAAUACAAGCAUUCAGCUGCAAGUCUUUUUAAACAUUUCACAUCGUUUUACAUAAAAGACGCAAGAUUCUCUCGAUCGUACCUCUCGUUUAUUUUAAAUAAAAACUCAUCAGUUCAAGCGCUUAAAACAGAAGUCACGGAUUUUGAUCUCAUUGCCGUUCAAAUUUGGAUUCGUAGCAGUAUUUUGAAUUUUUCGCCUGAAGACGAUUCGAAAAUUUUAAUGCAAUACAUUAAGGAUUUGGAGAUGGUGAGGGAGAUUUUGGUAUUUAAUCAAGAAUCAAAAGAACCGAUUAUUGACUUUAUCAUGGCAUUGGCUGCGAAACGAAAUAACUUAAAUAGCGAACACGAAAAAAUGCAAUUCGACACAAAGUGUAAAGAAUUCUUUAAAAAUAUCGACAAAUGGAUUUUGUUACCAUUAAAUAAAGAGAAUAUUACAUCGAAAGUUGCCUUUUGGAUUUACAGAUGUAUAGGAACAUUAAUUAUAUGCUGUGCACCAACAAUGUACAAUCGGAAUCAAGGGAACAAUAUGCUUCGACUAUUGAUAAAUAAAGUUGCUCUGCCAAUGGAAAAUGCUUCUCUAAAUUAUGUGACAAUUAUGGCGAAACAAAUAUUUUCCAUGAUUAUGUUGGGAAUUGAAAAUCUUCACGUUAAUUCUGAUAUGUCACUACAAGUAUUAAUUAGAGAUCUUUUCGAUCAAUAUCUACCGGUUUUAAUCACUGAAUUGAGUCCAAAUAAUUUUAAAGCUGCCGAUUCAUUAUUAAAAUGCUUCUCCGAGGCGAAACGUGAUUUUAGUCGAAUUAUUUUUGAAAAAUUGUCCGAUAAUUUUAUUGUUGUACCCACUGAUAAUACGACUCAUAAACAUUGUUUCUUGGUAAUGAUACUAUUGAGGAAUUUAUUGAAGGGAGGAACUGCUUAUCCAAAAUAUGUGUCUGAAUUAAUAAUUACAAUUUCCACGCCGAAUGUGAUUCGUUGUUAUAUGAAAGUACACAGUUUACAUCCGCAUCGACAGCAAACGAUUGAUUUUAUACAAAAUGUUUUAUUGAAUCAACAUUACAAGGAAAAUCCAAAUUUGAGCGAAUUAUUUUACAAUGUGAUAUUGAAUGGAGUGCAAAAUUUCCUUUCGUUCAGUGUAAAAUCGUCCUUUGAAUUUUUAACUUCUCUGAUCGAGGUUAAUUUCGAAUUAAUAAAAUUCUUGUUGCCAAAUAUUGAGAGAACCGUCGCCGAUCAUGAGAAAAAUCGAAGACAAAAUGCAGCGUCUCUUCGAUAUUCCUUGAGUCAACUACAGCAAAAAAUAAAGAAUCUAAGCGUUUAAAUUGUCAUACGAAAUUUUCUCUCUAAUUUCCAAUUCAAAUACUGGAAGGAAUUAAUUGAAAAUUUCCAAAUUCAAUUCAGUAAUUUAAUGCACACAAUUUUUUAUUUUUACACUUGUUUAUAUUAAAGUCUAUCUUAAUGUCUAAUUUUCUUUAUUUUAUAUGAAUCGACAAUUGUAAAAUAGUUUUUUUGUAAAUAAUAUAAGGAUUUUUGGAA